CUCAACAUGGCCGCAGCUGUACCCCAUGAACGCAUUCCUUCCACACUAUCAAAAGAAAAGGCUGAAUCCCAUAUCACUCCCACAAAACAAAGCCUGUAGAGGCCAUUACUGCACAUCCCUAUAUAGUGAACUUAUAUAGGGAGUAGGGCGCUAUUUGGGAUUGAGCGAAAGUUAGGUUCUGUCGGCGUCGUCAGCUCCGAAAUGCAUUAUGGGCCGCUGAAGAGGCGGGGGGAGCGGGAUCGCUUUUCCAAAUGAGAGCUACAAACAAGCCGCUAGGGAUAAGGAGAAUCCGCUGAAGAUGAGGAAUCACUGUUAAGAAUAAAAUAAUAAUAAUUAAAUAAAAAAUCAUACAAAAAACAACACGCUUAGCAUUUCCUAAUGCAUCACUGCAUGAAUUCCGGGUUUAUUUUGGACUGGCAGCGUCAGCUCGCGCAUGGUUUGGUUUAAAGUAGUCUUCUGCCUCGUCCGAUAGCAAAUCUCAAACCUGGAACCGCUCAGUGGUGGACCAGCAUGACCGACAGUAUCAUGAGCAAAGCAGCCACAAUGGAGAUCCCUAUCAACAGUAACGGGGACAGCAGGACUCUUGGCGAGGAUGAUGGCCUUGAACAGGCUCCAAAGGUACAGUGGGGCCUAAAUGAGAAGGUAGGGCGUCCUCCAGACCAAAGGGAUUUGCAGCAGGUAAUGGUAUCUGGGCCUAACCUCAAUGAGACCAGCAUUGUAUCAGGUGGCUAUGGAGGCACAGCAGAAGGCAUCAUUCCUACUAGUUCUAUCAAAGACCUGCGAAUGAAGUGCAGGGGAGUUAGCAUUGGCCCAAGCCACUCUGCUGCCAUCCGGAUAGCCAGCCAAUCAGACGACUUCCCCGGUAUCCCAGGAUCCAGCAUGCACCACAGCAACAGUUCAUCCGUGAUGGCAGAGGAGGCCACUAGAGGUGUCGCUGUGGAGAAGUUUGACAUGGUGAAGAAAUGGGGCCUGAACACUUAUAAGUGCACUAAACAGAUGAUCUCGGAGCGAUUCGGCCGUGGCUCUCGCACUGUCGAUCUGGAGCUGGAGGCUCAGAUUGAGGUUCUGCGAGACACCAAGCGCAAGUAUGAGAAUGUGCUGCGCUUGGCACGUGCACUCACUAAUCACUUCUACAGCAUGGUGCAGACACAGCACGCACUCGGAGACACGUUCGCUGACCUCAGCCAGAAAUCUCCCGAACUGCGGGACGAAUUUGGGUACAAUGCAGAAACUCAAAAAUUGCUGUGUAAGAACGGUGAGACCCUGCUGGGUGCCAUCAACUUUUUCGUCUCCAGCAUCAACACACUCGUCAACAAGACCAUGGAGGACACACUCAUGACCAUCAAGAUGUAUGAGAAUGCAAGGUUGGAGUUUGACGCUUACAGAGCCGAUCUGGAAGAACUGAACAUGGGACCUCGGGACGCAAUGACCAUAGCGCGUAUCGAUGCGGCGCAGGAGCAGUUUCAGAUCCACAAGGACAAAUAUGAGCGACUGCGCAAUGACGUUUCCAUCAAGCUCAAGUUCUUGGAGGAAAACAAGGUGAAAGUGAUGCACAAACAGCUUCUCCUUUUCCACAACGCAAUCUCAGCCUACUUUGCUGGCAACCAGCAGCAGUUGGAACAGACCCUCAAGCAGUUCAACAUAAAGCUCAAACCUCCCGGAGCCGACAAGCCCUCCUGGUUAGAGGAGCAGUGAAAGUGCUCGUAGUACUCUCAGUCCUUCUGCAGGUUAUCCUGACAGAGCAGGCAUUAGAAUAAUGAGACAGACGCAGCCCAGCCACUAUGGCAGCAGGGUAGCAAAAGGCUUACCAUCCUGUAGCUGUUGUAGGAGCCCGGAUCCCAAACUGCCUUCCCCCUCCAUACUUUCCUCCUCUCUGCCUGACUGUCUCUUUGCUGAAAUUGUGUUUGACCCUGAGAAUAAGCACUACUCGUAUCUACUUCACCCUAAAGGCUGGUCAAGUAUUUGUUCGAACAAAAACUUAGUAACAACUGACCAAAUCCUCCAGGAAAUGUUGUCAGUCAGAACUCUAGUAGACUUUCAACUUUUCUCUCUCUUUCUCUCUCUGCUAAUUCCUCAACCCCAUUGCCCACGAAACAACCCCCACCCCGCUUUUCUCCACAUGCAACAUUUGGCUUCUGGAUCUGGACUUGUAAAUGUCUGAGAAAACUUGGUCCUAAUUAUUCAAAGGUUGAAUUACUAGUCUGGUUGUAAAUGACGUUUAGUUUAUUUCAUGAAUGUCCUGGGGAAAUUUGGGGCAUGGCAAAAAUGUGUGAUUCCAUGAUGCAGAAGGAAAAAAUAAUGAAUUGAUCCAGUUGGUGCAAAGUGCUUUUACGUGAUUGGAUUCCUGAUUGAGCCACGUGUCAGUUGUUGUAAAUGAGUUAUUUAUAAAUUUUAUGUUGUGUGUUCGUUCUUUUUCAGGUUAGAACCACACUCCCAUGUUAUCCCCCCCCCCCCAAAGAAAUGUACCUGUGUGUGCCCUUCUUCCAGUCAGAUUUUGUAGAAAGGAAAGCUGCAGGUGUUUGUAAUCACUGUCCAUUUGCUCCUGCUCAUCCAAAUUAGACAAGUUAGAAAUAUUGUAUUGUAUUGUAUUGUGUUGUACAGUUGGGGUGUAACGCUAACCCAGUAUGACUGUUUACUGUGAUACGGUGAAUGCUGACAUUGUACAAUACUGGUAUCAAUCUCACAAACAUUAUUUUCAGGUAUUAUCAAAGGCAAAGAACGAACCUCUGUAGUGCAAAGAAAUCCAUGAGCUAUCCAAAUAACUUGGUUAUCACUGUCAUUGCAGUGUUAUCAUUUCAUCCACUGUGGAAAAUGGAGGCUGUAAGCAGAUACAGUAGCAGACUGACAUCUAUGAUAUCGGCUUGUACAAUUAUCAUAUAAGUCACUCCCUUACUUCAUUGUUUACGAUCCUGGUCCUGGAGUUCCCCUCCCGCUCCUAACUCGCAUGAGUUGAGUCAUCAGCAAAGUAACAGGUCUGAACUAGGUUUAUCUGAGUGAGACAGAGGAAGGGAACACCCCAGUACUCCUCGACCAGGAUUAAGAAACACUACCCUGCUUUAAUUUAAUAUUAAUUCUGUUUUGUUAUAUUACUGAGUCUAACAUCCAAAGAAAAAAAAAAAAAGUUUAGUUGCAUUUAGACCAUUUCAGCGUCGUUCAUUCUCAACACUUCGACACUAAACUCCCAGGACACUUGCCAGUCAGUGGGUGUGUUUAUACAGGACAGUUGUGAUUAAAUAUUGUGGUAUGUACUAAUUUAUGUAUGUUUUCUUUGUGUGUAUAUCUGUUGCUAAGUUAACAAUCAAUGUUUAAUCCAGGAAAUAUUAGUUUAGUGUAAUGUUAAUCUGUAUGAUUGAUUUUAUUUUAUAUAUUUGGUUGUGAUUAAAGUUGCCAGUGAUCAA